GUAUUUACACAAGAUCCUGGGGACCCUUAGCGGUGUUGCACGACAACCGGAAGUUGUUGGUAGGUUGCUGUGAAAAUGUUCUUUCCUCGGCGGAAUGAAUGGAUGAAGCUCUGAAGCUCUGAAGCACUAAGGUGCCUUUGCUCACAUCUGUCCAAGAUGACAUGAAUCGUUGAGCUCGUUUCUGAACUCUCACGAGCUUGUCUCCCACGUUCCCUGCCUUUGGUAAGUGCGUGAAAAUGUUAGUCGAGCUUUUAUCUUUGAAAACAAAUUGUUUACCUCGCAUAGCUUUUAGCUUGCAGUGAUUUUUCAGCAAGUGCAAAUUGCUUUUGUACGGGGGGUUGCCACGGAGCCCCCUCUUUAAUCCUAACUUUAACACGUAGACUCAGAGAGUUGAAGCUUAAUACUGAUGGAUAACAGUGCUAACACUCUAUACGUGAAUGGUAGAUUUCAAGCUAAGUGCGAUUGACGUGAAGAACUGAACUGUAGCGCUUUUGGCUCUUCUACAUCUCUGUGACCUUUAUAUAAUCCUCACACCUUAAAAACAACAUUUACAAACAAUGAAGAAAAACAAAGUCACCCAUGCAGUGCUAAUACCCUCUGGAAAAUAAUGACUUCUGUCUUUUUGUUGCUCAGUUGUCCAGGAAACCAUGGCAACAAGGAUGAAGCUGAAGCUGAAGACUGUGUUUGUCCUCUAUUUCAUGGUGUCCCUCAUGGGUCUGGUCUAUGCACUGAUGCAGCUCGGUAAGUGGUUACCACACAGAUUCAGUCCGGACUUGAUCGGUCCAGAUAGUAAUCUCCACUAGAAAAGCACUCAGAGAGCGCAGACCUCUGCCAAGCAGCUCAUGUCCCCCCUUAUAUUGUGAUUCACACCAAAAAUUUUACUGUUACGUGUCUUUUAUUAACUUUUGUUUGUGUUUAAACUGGUAUGUUCAGUGUUCAUAAUGUUCCUAAAACAACAAAGCUCAUAUUACAUACAUAAAUGCAUGAUUUAUUAUGCAAUAUUGUAAGCGUACACUUCCUUGUAUCUUCAUUGGUUAUCUUUCUUUUAGCAUUUCCAAGCAACAGGGGGUGGCUCAACUUACCCCACUCUCUCCUAUACAUGUUCAUCACUUCUUUUUGGUCUGGACUUUAUAGUAAGCUGAAAAAAAGGGCCCCCUCUUUCUCCAACUUGUCAUUUGGACAUGGCCAAAAGUCUGCUGUCAAUUAUGAGCAGCUCCAUACAAAAGAGAGUGGGGGUACAGAUAGCUCAUUCCAAAGGCAGAGGGAUAAUAUGAACAAGUGCAAUGAACUGCAUAGUUUAAUGGGUGUGUUUGUGCAUAAAUAUCAUAAACACAACAUGCUUUCUGAAAUGAUGGUGGCAAAUGACGCACAAGUCGUAGUGAUAUCAACAGCCACAAUCCAUUUAUUGGUUUUAGUAGGUUUGAGAAGAAGUUCAUUUCAGUUUUUCUCAUUUGAGAGGUUGAACAGGUAAUCUUUGGUAGGGAGGGUUGAAAAACACACUCAAACUAAAAACUAAAUAAAGUGUGUAUUCAAUUUAAACAGUGAGUUAAAUCCACUCUUUUCUCUCAGGUCAGCGCUGUGACUGCACAGAACACGACAUGCCCAAAGAUCGUACCAUAUCCCGACUGCGGGGGGAGCUGCACCGUCUUCAGGAGCAGAUGAGGAAGUCAGAGGCAACCAAGCAACCCCAGAAACAGCCAUUAAAGCCCACUCCUCUACCUAUUAUCUAUGUGAUCACCCCUACUUAUGCAAGGUAGCCUAGUCCUGUUUUAUUUCCAACAUCCUUUGUCCCUUUCAUAAACAAACACGCGCAGUUACAUUUGCUGUCCUUCCUUUUCCAGGCUGGUGCAGAAGGCUGAGCUGACUCGUCUCUCUCAGACCUUUCUUCACGUUCCUCAGCUUCACUGGAUUGUGGUGGAGGACUCACCCCACAAGACACCUCUAGUGACGGACCUAUUGGUGAAGAGUGGCCUUACCUAUACUCACCUACACAUGCCGACUGCCAAGGACCGCAAAAUGCAGGAGGUGGGCAGAAUAUCCCAGGCUACUUUACACACUCAAAAAUGAUAACAGUCUUGUGUUUUCUUUUAAACUGAAUCAAAUGCAGAUUUUAGAGUUUAGUAUUACUACAUAUGUAAGGAUGAACAAAAGCCGGUUGGUAAUCUUUCAUUACAAAUCCUGAUUCUUGUCCCCAGGGCGACCCCAGUUGGCUGAAGCCCCGUGGAGUUGAGCAAAGGAACGAAGGUCUACGGUGGCUCAGAGAAGACAGAAGAGCUCAGCCUGGAGGAGACAACCAGCAGGGAGUGGUUUACUUUGCUGAUGAUGACAACACAUACAGCCUUCAGAUAUUUGAAGAGGUGGGGGUCAAAGUUUGACAUUGAGUGACAAGCAGUAAAGAGAUCCUACAGCUGUGGGAGUGUCUGCUGUAAAUUUCACAUAUUCUCUUUUUCAGAUGAGGAACACAAUGCGAGUGUCAGUGUGGCCCGUUGGGCUGGUUGGAGGGAUGAAAUAUGAGAGACCUGUGGUUGAAGGAGGAAAGGUAGGAGGAAAAGAUGUGAAACUAAGAAAGGUAUUUCAGAGAUCACCAGGGAACCAGUGUUUUAACUCAUUAAAGGAAUAGAUUUAUCAACCACUUCAGGCUUUGUGUCAAGGCCAUUUGAAGGAUAAGGGCCAUCAUAGGAAAAAAAACCUUGUUGUGUCUUCACCAAAACAUCAAACUUGGGUUGUAACAUAAGAAAACUAAAUCUUUUGACAAAACAAAAAGCUUCUUGGUGAAAGCUUCUGAAAAAACGAUCACAACCUUGGUGUGGUCGGUUUUGCCAAGGUUUGGUGUAAAAAUAUGCUCCUUUUUAAUUAUUUUUUACAUUUUGACUUUCACAUAAAUAUUUUAAUUGAAUUCAUUAGGGAAAACCGGGGCUUGUUGUCACACUUUUUACACUCGUAUAUUUCUUGGAAUCAAUACAUCAAAUACAAACAAAAUGUGUGCCAGAUAAAAGACCAAAGUCUCAGGUAUAUAUUUCGCAUUCAUGUCAUUUUCAUAUCAUGUGUCAGUGCAAAGUUAUAAUCAAUCAAAUAGAGAGCGUGAACAUGUGACAUGCUGCCCCACCAUUGGGUAAGUUGUCUCCCUACAUGGGGUAAGAUGCCACAGUGGAUUUUAUAGCUAAAAAAACAAGGACAAAAUUAUUGUAGUUCUCAUUUUUUUAUAUGAAAGUCAGGCACAGAAACUCAGGAUGCCUUAAUCUGUCCUCUAACAAGUUCACAUGUAUCACUGCUAGAAUUUUUUUAUCAGGAAGAAGCUUAUUUUAAAAUAUAUAAUGUUAAAAUUUUUUACUUUGGGUUGUGCAAAAUGGUUAAUUGAUGCUCAUCUCAGUUCACAAUGUGCUCUGCAAUUCUCUUCUCAGACAGGACACGACCCCUGACUAUGUAAAGAAAUAAAACUAAUAUUACUACUACUACUAUUUUUCAGUUGCGCCCUCUGGUGGCAAAGAUAAUUGCAAUGUGACAACUUACUCAUGUUACAACAAGCCCUGGUCUCCCCUACUUGACAUCUAGCUUUCUAUUUGUAUCAACAGUUGUUCGCAGACAUCUGUAAAGCUGCCCUGAAUAUCUUAUCACAUACCACAAACACUUUGACUAAAUGAUUUCUGAGUAUGUGUGUGAUAAUUCAUCAGGUAGUCCGCUUCCAUACUGGCUGGCGUCCCAGUCGCCCCUUCCCACUGGACAUGGCUGGCUUUGCCGUGUCCCUUAAAUUGGUCCUGACCAACGCAGAGGCUUGUUUUGAUGGAGAGGCGCCGAUGGGCUUCCUGGAGAGCAGCUUCCUGCAGGGUUUGGUAACUAUGGAUGAACUGGAGCCCAAAGCAGACAACUGCUCCAAGGUACAGGAGUCUUUGUUUGUGUGCAUGAGAUAGAGAGAGGGAGGGAGGGUUUGAGGGGAUGUUUUACAGUCUUUGAGGUGUGCCUGUAAAUUGGGAAGGAUGAGCCUUUGUUAUGAACUGGAGGUGAAAGCAGGUGAUGUGUUAACAGCAGAAUAUGCAAAUGUUUUUGGCAGGUGUGGAAAAAAUGCUGCAAACUAAGAAUGCCUUCAAAAAUGUAAAUAAUGACUGUGUAUUUCUCAAUUUACAAAGUGCAAAAGAAACAUCUAAAUUACAUCAAUAUUUGAUGUUACUACCCUUUGCCAUCAAACGAGCACCAAUUCUUAUAGGUACACUUGCAAAGAGUCAGGGAUUUUGUAGGAUUGUUGUCAGGUGUAUGAUCAACCAUUCAUACUAAACAGUUGCUAAUGCUCGUCAAUGUCACAUGUAGGUUGAAAAACAGUCACUACUGAAACAGACACAUCUGUGGCGGAGGCUUAAAACUGGGUGAGGAACAGGUCAUACACUAUGGCAACAUGUCACAAGGUAGUCAAACUGCAUAAGACAAAUAUUUCAAAGUAGACAGGUGUUUCAAGAUGUGUUGAUCAAGCUCUUUUGUAAAAGCACAAAGAAACUGCCAAUGUUGAGGAUUGUAGAUGUAGUGGUAGGCCAAGGAAACUUAGAGCAGCAGAUGAAAGACACAUCCUUGAAAUAUGGAGAUUUUCAGCUGUGCCAUCAACUCAGACCUGCCAGAAACCAGUGGGACCCAGAUACAGAAACCAUGCACAAAAUACAUGAGGUGCAGAAAAAUGGCACCAGGUGCUCUGAACUGAUGAGUCAAAAUUUGAAAUAUUUGGCAGUAGCCGAAGGCCGUUUGGUCGCUGAAGGCAAGAGUGAAGUAUAGUGGAGGUUCCUUGCUGGUUUGAGGCUGCAUUUCUGCAAAUGGAGUUGUACAUUUGGUCAGGAUUGAUAGUGUCAUUACAUUUCUCUUCUGUUCAUUUGACUCAACUUAAUGCCCCUUUUCUGUCUGUUUGUUUUGUAGGUGCUAGUGUGGCAUACACGAACAGAGAAACCUAAGAUGAAAAGGGAGGAGGCCCUGCAGGCUCAGGGACUAGGUUCAGACCCUGCAGUAGAGGUCUGAGGAACUCGCACACACACACACACACACACACACGCACACACUCUGACUCGUUGUAAAGCAUAACCUGCUGUUUAAUGCUGCAUAUUUAACUCUGCACUGUAAAUACUGUAAAUGAGAAAAUAUUGCUCAGAGUUUAACAAGAAAUCUACCUUGUUAUGAUUCCGUUUUUGUUUUGUUUUUUCUUUGUUUUUGUGUCGAACAGUAAAGGUACGUGUAUAUAUUGAGUGAAUGUGUGUGUGUUGUCACAACUGUGCUGGCUGUACAUUAAUGUAAGUUAUGGGUUUUCUUGUAUUUCAGUGAGUUUAAAAAAAAAAAGCCUCUGUGUGUGGACUUGGGAGAUAAGACAGUUGCCUGAUGGGGGCACCAGUGUUACAUUUUUGCAAAGCCAUGCUGUUACAUCACUAAUACACUUUCGCUCAAAGAUGGCGGCAUGAUGCAUCUGACUACAUAUGUCCAUACUCGUGGAUUUCUACAUGUUGCUUGUCGUUGGUGGUAAUCCUGCUGUGUAACUCAUUCCAGUUAGAUAUUUAGAGUAAACUGGGUCUGACUGACCCAAGCCUCCUCUAUCUUGUUCACUUUACUCAACUUAGUUCAUGUGGAGGUAAAGUUGCAACCGACACUUGAUUCAUGCAUGGCUUCUAUCUUUCAAUUAAUUAGCCAUAGAGACAACAUCAUCAUAGUUAGGGGUGGGAGAAAAAAAUGAUAAAGCAUAGUAUUGCAACAUUUUGUCUGGUAAUAUAACGUAUCGUCUCAUUUACCAAAUAUUGAUUUUUCAAAUUAAUUGCUUAUAUGAAGUCAAAUCUAUGAUAAUGGAAAAAUAAAAUCAACUGUUUGUCUAGUGAGGUUGGUAGAGGUGACAUCAUAGAGCAGGAGAAAGCUAGUGCAACAAAUAUAUAUAAAGUUUCCAAGAUGUGCUACAUGAAAAUAAAAUACAGCAUAAAUAAAACAAACAUAAAGGAAAGACAAAGGCUAAAUUAGCUAAACAGUUGACAAAAUUAUUUAAAUUGCAAUAUAUAGCAUUGGAAUACUCACUGUAUUGCAAAAUGUUAAAUAUCGCAAUAAUAUCGCAUUGUGGCCCAAGUAUCGCGAUAAUAUCGUAUCGCGGCUUAAGUAUCGUGAUAAAUCAUAUUGUGGCCCAAGUAUCGUGAUAAUAAUGUAUCGUAGAGCCACUAGUGAUUCCCACCCCUAAUCAUAGUCAUAAUAGUAAUUUCUAUGCAGCCUAUCUUAACACAAAUUUCUGCAUUCGCGAUCAAAGUUGCAGUAUUUUCCAGUGAGAUAGUAGAAGGGUGCAUUUUUGUAACAGACAAAUGCUAAAUUAGCUAAACAGUUGAAUAAAUUAUAUAAAUUGCAAUAUAUGGUAUUGCAAUACUCACUGUAUUGCAAUAUUUUAAAAAUCGCAAUAAUAUCAUAUUAUGGCCCAAGUAUCAUGGUGAUAUCGUAUUGUGGUCCAAGUAUCGCGAUAAUAUCGUAUCGUGGCCCAAGUAUCGCGAUAAUAUUGUGUCGUGGCCCAAGUAUUGAUACACUCGAUAAUAUCGUAUUUUGGAGCCAUUAGUGAUUCCCACCCCUAAUCAUAGUCAUAAUAGUAAUCUCUAUGCAGCCUAUCUUAACACAAAUUUCUGCAUUCCCGAUCAAAGUUGCAGUAUUUUCCAGUGAGACAGUAGAGAGGUGCAUUUUUGUGAUAGUAAUCAAUAUACAUGACAUAGUAACCCCAACACAAUGUGCAAAGUGAUCAAGAAAAUGCUAGGUAGUUGUUACCUUAUAUUGAGAGUAUUGUUAUGCACCUGUGUCAAACACACAACUUGUGCAACUUUGCAACAAAUACUGCAACAAUGACAAAGCAAACACACAGAGGCUGCGGUUCCACACGCCCACUGUAGCUUUAGCAUAAAGCUCAGAGCUUUAAAUGCUGGGAUUGAUCAGUGUCAUAGCACAACAACAACAACAACAACAGAGAAUCAUAGCCAGCAUUUUAUUGUGUAUAUUUUUAGAGAUGCUUUUAAAAACAUAGGGCUUGGUUUUGAAAAUAAUUUUGAAGCUCCAACUAUGGAAAUAACCGCUCAAGUUCAUAUAAGCCUUAUGUAAUAAUCAAACACGAAAACAAAGACAAUUGUCCAUGUCACAUGUGCAUUAUGAUGACAAUAAAAAGACUUGGAUUUGUCCUGACAGGCAGGAAAUCACUGGUACUUUACAGCAGCAGUAUUUUAAUUAUAACACUAUAAAUCAACCUACCUUGAUAAGAAGUUAAGAAGACAUUAGACCAAAAUAUUAAAACAGCUCUAUUAAAUGUAUGAUACUGUAAAAACAUCUAGUGCCUGCUUAGUAAUUAGUGCCUGUAAGUUACUUCUUUACUGGUGUAUGAUGUAUUUAUUACUGUAAUACUGUUCCUACAAUCUACAGUGUAAUGUCUAUCCUUGGCCUUGACAAUAAACUCGAGUAAUGUAGUAAAGUU